AUGUGUACGAAUGUGAAUUUCAGCAGUUCCACGAACAGAAAAAGUUUCAGUUGAUUUACAAUCGUAUCUAUGCUUCUAAGAUCUUGUCCAACAAAAGUCGGAGCAUUACUCAGGUAAUGGGGGGGGAGGGGGGGAUGCAUCCAUGCUUUUUGGGCAUUACUCAAACCGGCGACAACUUGCGCCGAGCCGUCCUAUCGUCCUCGUCGCUCUCCUCCAUCACCGGCCGCCGAUCCGCCAGGCCACCCCGUCUCCGUGUCCCUCCAUCAAUCGCCGAUCGUCUCCGCGGCCAGCCACGCGGCACGCGCGGCCGCGGGCCCGCCCGCCACCCAGCGAGCGCAGACCUGCGGCCAUGUGGCCGGGAGGCAGCCACGAUUGGCAAUGUGUAAUGCUAAUGCAGAAACCAACGAAGGACAAACUGCUGACGUGGCUCUUUCAAUUUUCCUCCAUCGGAGGAACGUAAGCGUUGAGAUGGCCACUCCAACUACUUACUUAUUUUGACUCUCUGUUGUCCUAGUGGUCCUCGUCCUUCACUUCUGCGUUACAAUUUUCCAAAGUUGGAAACUUGUGUUUCAGAAAUGAGGGACAAGAAAAGAAGCACGAAGCUAUUGCAGUGGCCAUUUCAACUGUCUUCCAUCUGAGGAAAGUUGACGUGGCCCCUGUUAUGUUUUUUCCUGCAUUCCUGCAUUAGAAACGAGGGGCGAAGGAGACACGACCUGAGUAGAAGUUUUAUUCAGGCCGCCGGACCUGAGCAACGUCGGCGAGAGAAGACAAACCGCCUUGGAAAUUCAAAACUUUUCGGAUUCCCAACCGGGCUUCUCUCCAUGGACUGGGUCGAGAAGAAUCUUUCCCGAGCAAGUCUUUCGAGAAAAUCCCGCUCCGACAGUUUCUAAUUGGGUUUUUCUCCACGGACAAAAUACAAUUUGACCCCAAUAAUAGCAUAUAGCGCCACGAGAAUGAAACGAGCGACCUACGAGAAUGACGCAGCAAAUGGGGCUCCACCCGCUUCCAACUUUUCCCGCUCCGGACGGGGUAGAGGUUGCGUUUUUUACAGGGCUUUUGCCCGUUUUUUCGCGCAGAGCUGCUUGCUUUACACACGGUUUUUCUCCACUCGAGCGGUCGGGUGGAGAAAAACUGCAUUACAAAUUCGCAAAACCGGACGGAUUUAGAUGCGGUUUUUCUCCCCGCAGGAGAAAAGCCGCGUCACAAAUUCGCAAACUUCGAUGGGAUCUUUCUCUCCCCGGGACCUCGGGUAGAGAAAGCCCGUAUUACAAAAGACCCGAGCUCCGGUUCUCCGCGUUACAAAUGCGGAAAGGUCGGGCGCUCCGCAUUACAAAUGCGGAAAUUUACAUGCGGCUUCCCAGAGCUCGGGACUGUGGGUAAUGCGGAAAGCCCGGAGCUCGGGUUGUCCGCAUUACAAAUGCGGAAAACCCGGGCUCUCCACAUUACAAAUCCUCCUUUCGCCACAAGCGGCUGCCGCCGCACCGUCGUGCGUAACCUUUUGCGCGAUGCUAUCACCAACCUACAAAAUUCCCAUUCCCCCACACACGCAUCGAUAGCAUCCGGCAUUAGGUUAUGCUGCAUGGUAUCGCCGCGUGCGAAUUUCCCUCGCAGCGAUACCAUGCAGCAUUAGGCUACGCCCGAACUGUGGCUGUCUUUUUCUGCCCAGUUGGGCGCUGGGCAGCUUCUUUUCCCCCCCAAACACGAGCGCGCGGAACCCGGGAAAAGUUGUGGUUGUACAAAAAGUCCUUUUUGCAGUCGACCCCAACGACACAGUCCUUCCACUCCUCGCAGCAUCUGUAAAGAAAGAUUUUUGGUUGACAAGGUGAAAUCUCAACUACUCAAAAAAAGCUCAACGUUUAGAAAAAAAACAUCAACUAUUCAAAACAAUAUUUAUUUAUUUCUUUAUCUCUCUCUCUCUCCCUCUCUCUGUCUCUCCUCCUCCUCUCUGGUAUUCUCCUCUACUCCUCUCUUCCAGACGUUCCUUUCUCCCUCUCUCUGAACUCCCGCCGCGCACUGCUCGUCAUCCCUCUGGCCCCCGCCGAUUCCUGCUCUGCAUGAUUGUUCCGUGUGUCGUUCUUCAUUUAUUUGUGUUGUUUCUUCUCCUGUUCUUGGCGUCGUUUAUAUUUCUCCGCUUCAGACAGUUCAAAAACAAAAUCUAGAUGUGCACACUAACUAUGUUGAAAGGGGCCGGCUAUCAUGUUUCGCCAGAAUAUCGCAGCCACUAUUUGGCGCGCCGUAUUGACGGGCCAGAUGUAAUGUGACACGCGAUGGAUAUCUCGGUGAAGACGCGUCGAAUGAAAGCAGCGCGUAGCCCCAGGGGUGGCAUGUUGGCUGAGCAGCUUCGUCCAGAACGGUCGAACGCAUUUGGAAAACCAAAAAGCGCGAAAUCGCGUUGCUUUGUCCGACCGGAAUUGUCAGACUUCAACGAAAAUCAGCCAAUUUUUCAGAUUUUUGCGAAAAAAUAGGGGGGGAACUCUCGCAAAAUUUUGAAAAUCAGCCCUAUUUUUUGCGUUUUUACUUGGCGGAAUCCGGCGAAACCACCGGCGAGCAACCACAAGCGCCUUGCCACGAGCAGCGGCGUCGAGGCAUGUGCCGUUCCCUGCUAAGCUUUCGCCGGGCCGCCUCGAGGAUGGAAAUUCAGAAGCUGCUCCGCAGGCCGCAGGAAUUUUUGUAUGAUAUUCCCCAGAUAUCCGGCAAAAUUUGCGUUGUCAGGCUUACAGAGCACGCUCCAGCAGUGCCAGAGAGGUGCCUUGUCGACAAGGUCUUGCGACGGCAUUGCGCACAUCUCUCACCUUUCGCUUCGUCACUUCAUGGAAAAUCUCAAAGCAUGGCAACUGGGGGGUGGUGACGUUUUCAAACGGGAUACGCAGCGCCACAAAAACACGCGAAACCGAACGGCAGCAAGGGGAGGGGGACACAGAACAACAACGGAAAAAAGGCAUCGCAGCAUAAGUGCCUGACGAACACAACGGAAAAAGUUCCUGACGACGACACAGAACAACAACGGAAAAAGUUCCUGACGACGAACUUUUUCCGCUGUGUUCUGUCGUACGAACAACGGACGCAGUCCUUCCACUCCUCGCAGCAUCUGUAAAGAAAGAUUUUGGAUUUAGUGUGGGGUGAAUUUUUUCGACGAGGAAUUGGAUGAUUUUCGAGAUGAUAACUUUCAUCUCGAAAACAACACUUGUAAUUAAUAUCAAAUCAUGUGGACGAUGAUCACGAUUCCCGUAGCUGUUACUGUAUAAAGAAACCUGGACGAUAAAGUGCUUUUCAGUAGUUCCACGAACACCAGAAGAUUUCAGUUUAUUCACAAUCGUAUGCUUUUAUAUGCAAAUUGACAUCGGCAAAGUAUGGUGGGGAUUGUGGUGGUCUUGUUUCCUUGUAUGAUAAUGAGACGCGGCGAUUGCGGCUGCGCAUCACCACGAAAGCCAUCCAGCUAUUAAAGAACUCCUCAAAUGCAAACUGUAAAUGCGCUGACUAGAAUGCUGUACAAAAAACCUGAAGAUAACCCGCAUAUAAAUCCGUAUCCGAAUUGUGAUCCCUGGUGUUGCGAGAU